AUGCUCUACUCCGACAGUGACAAGCUCGUCUUCCGCUUUGAUGACCAUCUUCUCUGGGUCGAGCCCUGGAGCGAGAAUGCACUCCGCGUCAGGGCCACCAAGCUCGCGGCCAUGCCCGCAGAGAACUGGGCUCUUUCAUCCAGACCUCAGAGUGACAGAUCAGCAAUUGAGCUUCCCUCUGACAAGAACGGAGAAGCAACGAUCAGCAACGGCAAGAUUAAAGGCGUCGUGACCAAACGCGGCAAGCUUACCAUUUACAACUCCAAAGGCACCAAGCUGCUAGAAGAGUACGCCCGGCACCGACGCGACCCGACGGACCCGAAAUGCAGCGCCUUGGAGAUUGAAGCCCGCGAGCUGCGGCCUAUUCUCGGCGGCGAUUUCCAUCUCACCAUGCGUUUCGAGUCGCUCGAUGCUAAAGAGAAGAUCUUCGGGAUGGGCCAGUACCAGCAGCCAGGCCUGAAUUUGAAAGGGAGUGACAUUGAGCUUGCGCAUCGAAACUCUCAAGCUAGUGUGCCAUUUGCGCUAUCAUCGCGUGGAUAUGGGUUUCUGUGGAAUAACCCAGCGAUUGGGAGGGCAGUGCUGGGGACAAAUACGAUGAGUUUCGAAGCGUACUCGACCAAGGCAUUGGAUUACUGGGUUGUUGCAGGUGACUCACCUGCAGAACUUGAGGAGGCGUAUGCCCGGGUGACAGGGUAUGUGCCGAUGAUGCCAGAAUAUGGGCUUGGGUUCUGGCAGUGCAAGCUGCGGUACUGGAACCAGGAACAGUUGUUGAAUGUGGCGAGGGAGUACAAGCGGCGGCAGGUUCCUCUUGAUGUUAUAGUGUGUGAUUUCUUUCACUGGAAACAUCAGGGCGAGUGGAAGUUUGACCCUGAAUUCUGGCCUGAUCCAGAUGCCAUGGUAAAGGAGCUGCAAGAGAUGAACGUCGAACUCAUGGUCUCCAUCUGGCCAACCGUCGAAACAGCUUCAGAGAACUACCCUGAGAUGCUUGAGAAAGGCCUCCUGAUCCGCCACGACCGCGGUCUCCGCAUCGCCAUGCAAUGCGACGGCGACAUCACGCACUUUGACGCCACGAAUCCCGCCGCAAGAUCCUUCGUCUGGAGUAAGGCAAAGUCGCACUACUACGAUAAAGGCAUCCGGAUCUUCUGGCUUGAUGAGGCAGAACCCGAAUACUCCAUCUACGACUUUGAUAUCUACCGCUACCACGCGGGCAGCAACAUGCAGAUCGGAAACACUUAUCCCAAGGAGUAUGCGCGAGCCUUCUAUGAAGGCAUGCAAACUGCAGGGCAGACAAACAUCGUCAACCUGCUCCGCUGCGCCUGGGCAGGAAGCCAGAAAUACGGCGCUCUCGUCUGGAGCGGCGACAUCGCCUCGUCGUGGUCGUCGUUCCGCAAUCAGCUCUCGGCGGGCCUAAAUAUGGGCAUUGCAGGAAUUCCCUGGUGGACGACAGACAUUGGGGGCUUCCAUGGCGGAAACCCGGACGAUCCUGCCUUCCGCGAGUUGUUUACCCGUUGGUUUCAAUGGGCCACAUUCUGUCCCGUAAUGCGACUACAUGGGGAUCGGGAACCCAAACCAGAGGACCAGCCGACUGCUCCCGGCGCAGACAAUGAGAUUUGGUCGUAUGGCGAGGAGGUGUACGAGAUCUGCAAGCGGUACAUCUUCAUUCGCGAGAAGCUGAGACCGUACACGAGAGCGCUGAUGAAGGAGGCACAUGAGAAGGGGACGCCCGUCAUCAGAACCCUGUUUUACGAGUUCCCGGACGAUAAGAAGAGUUGGGAGGUCGAUUCGGAGUAUCUUUUCGGGGCGCAAUACCUUGUCGCCCCAGUUUUGGAGGCAGGACAGCGGAGAAUCUCUGUUUACUUGCCGGCGGGUGCGUCAUGGAGGGUUUGGAAUGGAGAUAAUGGUGGCGAGAACGCAGUCUACGAGGGAGGACAAGAUGUCCAAGUCGACUGUCCUAUUGAGUCAAUGCCUGUUUUUGUUAGAAUCUAG